AUGGAGGUGGAUGGUUUUGGUACGCAACAACAGGAGGAGACCCCAUCAACAACGUUGCAUACCCCAAGAACAUUCAACCCCAAGACGGCGCACGUCGCCCCACACGACUGUCCGUUGCAGUUGUCAGAUUUGGAGCACUGCUCUGCUCCUACCAGGGCACGACUACCUUGGCUUGCUGGAACGGCCGAGGCAAGGAGAGCCAUCAGCAGCGGAACAACGACAAUUGCGAGAGUCUUCUUGGAACAUGCCAUGAUGCUCUAG